AUGGUAAUUAAGUUAGACCGCUACUCGAUGAUGAUUGUUUCAAAAUAUUUUAUUUGUAUUUCCAAUUUCAAAAACAUGGUAUUAAUAUGUAAAAAAUUUGAAGAGAUUCCACAAAUGUUUCAUUUCAAUCCAAUUUCUGUUUCAUUUAAAACACAGAAGUGUUUUCCAAAUGUUGAGACUCUCCAUCUUUAUAAUGUAAACGACAAAUUUCUAUCAAAAUACAAACAGUACUAUGUACAUUAUACAGUUCCUCUCUCUAAAUAUUACAAUUUAAUUAAAGGCCGACAUGUUAUAUGUCCUUUUAAAACUUAUUCUUGUAAAGACAUUUACAGCUAUUCUUAUAAAGACAACUCAUUUAAAGGCGAUCAUGAAAAUAUCAUUACAAUGGACUGCACAAACAUAAUAAAAUUUGGACUUUGUUGUUUUAUGUGCAACAAUUCAUUAGUUGCAAUAACACUGUCGUGUAAUUUGCGUGAAAUUCCAGACAACUGUUUCCGAAGUUGUAAUAAACUUAAAGAAAUUAAUUUGGAACACAUUAGAGUGUUUGGGGAGAAAUGUUUUGCGUACUGCAAAAGUCUAAGUGCUAUUACUUUGGGAACAAACAUCAUUAAAACCGCGAAAAAUGCAUUUGUAUGUGUAACUUCAAUUCAAAAUGUUACUGCUCCCAAAGUCAAGAAAGUUGAAUUUGAUGUAACAGCAUCUUCCUCGAAGGCAUUUCUUGAUAUAAAACAUAAAAUUACAACAACACAAUAUGAUAUAAACAACAAUAUUUUGCCAGACUUUUUAUCGGACGAAAUUGAUUGUUAUUCGUUUAAUAAUAGGAGCGGACUAUCCGAUAUAAAUCUUGCGACUACUGUCACUUGCAUUGCUGACAAUUCGUUCUCAAGUUGUGAUAUAGAACGACUUGAUUUGUCGCAUGUAACGCAUUUUGGAUCUCAACGGAACAUGACGCGUCUAACUGCAAUAACAUUAAAUAGUCAUGUCACAAUAAACAAUUUAUACGAAUUUACUGGACUGAAGAAAAUAGAUGCUAUUAACACCAAAAAGAUAAACGUAAAGGCUGCGUGUUGGAUGAAAGAAAUGUUAGACAAGAAAAGUCUUGAAGUUAAUGAGUUUUGUUACACUCAACAAGAUGUGGACUAUUUUAAAGGUAUAAUCCCUUCGAAUUACACAAACUUGAAAAACAUAUUAUUAUACAUUAAUUUCGAAAAAUACAAAGUUGAAGAAAUUGUUAUUCCAGAAGGAAUUACUUCCAUGAGUUUUUAUAGUUAUCAAACAAAUAAAAAUCUGAGAAAAUUUGUAUUUCCAAAGACUCUUAUAUAUUCUAGUGUUUCUCAUAUCAUACAUUCGAGUCUUGAAGAACUUUGUAUCAUCCCAAGUCCACACUUAAAAAUAUCAAAUUGUGACAAACUCACAUCAGUUACUUUUCUUAGCCAAGAUGUCACAAACUUUCGGAUGUUUGACAAUUGUUUUAAUAUCAAAAACAUCGAAUUUCCCGAUAUUCGAUCCAAUUUCGUUUUCAAAGGAAGUAUCGAUUACACUAUUUACAAAGCAUUAAAAAAUAAAUACUCUUUUGAGGGUGAUGUUGUACUUUAUUCAAUUGAUCCAAAAUGGAUCGACAUAAACAAUGUUUUGAAAAUUCCAAAUGAUGUCAAUGUGAUUGAGGUGUAUAAUUUUGGAUUAACCAAUUUAGAAGAAAUUUGGAUGGGUGAUAAUGUAAAGUCAAUCAGUUUAUAUUAUUGUCGUGAAAACACAAAUUUAAAGCGCGUGAGAAACAUAAAAAGAUCCGUUGAAAUUCGAAAAUAUGACAAUUUUAUAUUAAAACAUGAUGUCUUAAUUGAUUACAUUGAUUAA